AUGAUCGACGAGGAGGCUGGUGUCUACGUUAUUAUGGUCUUGGAGUGCGUCCUCGCCGACAUCCGUGCCCAUAGUAGUGUCACUCGCAUGUCCGGCCCUGGCCUCAUCAGGGAGGUCAAGCACAUUGUCGCCAUCCCAUUCACGGCUGAGGCUUGCAUCAGCUACUUUGUUGAAGCCUUCAAUUUCGAGACUAUCGGUGUUGGCUACAUCGACGAGUCGGGCGUCCUCACCCCGCCGACGAUGAGUAUCGCCUCAACAAGAACAGCUUUUGUGUUCCCUCUGUCUGUAACUACUGUAACCUUAACGAGGUUCUUUGCCGGCAAUGUUGUCAAGGGCGCUAGCUAUGCCCUCUCCGUCAAGAGUCUUAAGAGAUUUGUUAAGGGGCUGUGGCUUAAAGAAGAUACAGAUGCAGAUAUAGUUGAUCAAAGUGUUAAGUCUAAUGAUAAAGGCCAAGCAUAUAGAGCAUCUACAAAUUCCUACAGCAGCAAGGGCAAGAAGAAAUCCAGCUUUGAAAGCAAAUAG